UAGUGGCGUCUGUCACGUGACUAACGCAUCACAAAAUGUGACGUGUCACAUAGUAUGUAACCAGGAAGAGUGAGCUAAACUUCAUCAUGCUAACAGGAGAUACCAACAAUGAAGACGUGUCUCUGUUUGACGCCGAGGAGGAUGCAGGGAAAAGGUCAAAGAAGAAUAUCAAGCAUCCUGUGGCGUCCUUCUUCCACCUCUUCUUCAGAGUCAGCGCUACGCUCGUCUACAUAUUGUGUGAGCUCGUCAGCAGCAGUUUCAUCGCCUCCAUGGUCACAAUCAUCCUUCUGCUCUCCUGUGACUUCUGGACUGUAAAGAACAUCACAGGUAGAUUGAUGGUUGGUCUGCGGUGGUGGAAUCAGGUGGAUGAUGACGGGCAAAGCCGCUGGGUGUUUGAGUCGCGGAAGGGUACUGGGAAGCAGCAAGCGUCGGAUUCAGAGUCCCGAAUUUUCUGGCUUGGACUGAUAGUUUGCCCGUUCAUCUGGGGAAUCUUCGCCUUUAGCACACUAUUUUCAUUUAACAUUAAAUGGAUGCCUGUAGUGAUCAUGGGUUUGGUGCUGCAAGGAGCUAAUCUGUACGGAUAUGUGCGGUGUAAAGUGGGAGCAAAGACCAGCCUAAAGAACAUGGCCACUAAUUAUCUUGGCCGACAGUUCCUGAAACAGACGCUGUCUAAAGAAGAGGAAUCGUAGAGUUUUGCACAUCUUCAAUUUUCCUAAUCUCACAGAAUAAGUAGAGACAAGAACCUUUCCAACAUGGACUAAAGACAUUGGUUUUGUUUUUAAUUUAAUGUUCAAAUCCUCUUGAGUUAUUUUCAUGUUUUAUUCAGAGGUUGCUGUUUUUCAGUAACUGAACCUGCGCAAUAAGCACUCUUUACUAACACCUCAGACAUGAGUAACAAAAGCCUGCAAUGUUAACCUGACUAGUUUGUGUUGUAGUCUCAUAAAUAUAUCUUUAGUUUGUGUUUCUGUUUCUUUGUUCAAUAAUUGAAUGCAAUUUUAAGCAGCUUUUCAGAUGCUUUGUAAAGAAGUGUUCUUGCACAACAGGCUGUGUAAAGUAUUCCUUGUAAAUAUGUAAGUAAAACAAACUGUGGAAUAUUUUGUGUGCAAAUGCAUUAGGGACUUUUUUCUGACUAGUUUCCUGUUUUUAUUUAUGCUAAUUCAGUAUCCAGAAACAAAAGUAAACAUGCUUUUAGUUCAGGUAUAUGCAUGUCAGGAAAGAAUAAAAAAAAAGAUUCAUUGAA